AUGCCCUAUAUCACCGAAGUUAUGAUAUUUUGUCUCGUUCUGGGUGACGCAGUCGGAAGUGCUUUCGUGGUCGAUAUCAAAGAAGACCAGACCAUAUCACAUCUCAAGAAGCUAAUAAAGGAAGAGAAAAAAAAUGCCUUUGGAAAUAUUGAUGCCAAUGACAUUAUGCUUUGGAAAGUUGACGGUAUUCCUAUCAGCAGAGAAAACCUAAAAACGAAAAUACGAGCCGAUAUUAAUAUAGAACAAGAACUUGGAGGCAUGAUGUUGCCCCCGUCUAAUACUAUAAAACAAUGUUUUCGCGAGUUGACUAAUGACAUCCAAAUCAUAAUACAACCACCCACCACCACCGGAAAAAGGAAAGAAGGUUCGGACGAAGAAGAUGAAAACCAAGGCAAAAAACGAAGAUAUGAAUAUCCUACAGAAUCAGAAGAGGGCCGUGACAGCCUUAUGAUUAUAUCAGGUGAAAGGCUGAAGACGAUCUCUGACUUCGUAGAAAAUAACCAUAUUGGCCUUUUGCGCAGUCCUCCAUCAUCAGGCAAGAGUACUCUUGGACAGGUGCUUCGAGACUAUUUCGAUAGUCUCAAUUAUGAUAGCAUCUACAUUAGUCUUGCUGGUAUAAAUGGUAAACAAGCAAUCUACGACGAGGAGCUCUUCGAAAAUUUCUGGAAGGAAAAAGUUGGCAGAACCUGGACAGAAAUCAGUAAACGCAAAGAGGCUACUUAUGUGUUUAUCGAUGAGAUACAGGUCAUCUAUGGCAAUGGCGCUCCAUUCUUUUGGGGUAGAGUGAAGGAACUUUUGUCAAGCGAAGAAUACAAACACAAAUCAAAUCCUCAAAAUCUUCGGAUGCUUUUGCUCGGUACAUACCAUCCAACACUUGAUCCUCAAAUGACACCAGUGGAAUUUCAUCAUGCUCUUGGUUUGAAUGUCCUACUUCUAAAAUGGGAAGAGUUCCAACAUCUUGUAAAGAACUAUAUUCAGUUGCAUAUCACUCAGGGUAGCCCACUCUUCAAAAUUCCUGAGGAGGUUCAGAAGGCAGUCUUUAAUCUCACUGGUGGACAUCCUGGGUUGUGUCGAUUCAUUUUGAGAACGUUACGCAGCCACUUUCGUGAAUAUGAAAAAGAAAUAACAGUGAAAAUGUUACGAUUUCUUGCUUCGACAAAUCUACGAGAUAGUAUAAUAACAACUGCACGUGCUUUUUACUGGUUCAAUGACUGGAAUCCAACCAUUGAAGAAUCUGAAUUUAUUCGCAAGAAAUUAUUUGCCU